AGACGAGCAGACGAAAGCAAAAGAUGUCAUCUCGCCACCCAGAGGGGACUGCAGUGACUGUCUGGGGCUGUGCCUCCUCGUGGUACAUGUGGGCGCACGGGAGAAGCUGCCACAGCGAGAAGUCCACGCAGGGCAACAGAGAGUAGCUCCCGCUUGCCACGGCUGGAGAGCCCAUGUGCAGCACGACGACCCCCAGACGUGGGCCAGGAGGUCUGCACUGGAGAAGCAGGUGUUGUUUGGAUAUCAGCUUGUUUUUCAGAAAGAAAAUACGGGCUCUCCAUUGUCAGGUCUCAUAGACCCGAGCCAUCAGGCCGGCCUGCCUGCUGUGCUGCUCCACUCCGCUGUGUGGAUCUGGCUGUGUCUCGCCUCGUCCGCUGGCGGGCUCGGAUCCGCUGGGGCUGUUGGCACUGGUCUCCGGCCCUGCCUGCCUCCUCCGCCCUGCCCCACGCCCACUCCUCCCCAGGGGACAGCGGGACGAGGGGCUGUGCAGCUCGGAGGGUUGGCUGAGCGUCCACCCCAGAGGCCGCGGGGCCAGACUAGGGCCGAGCUGCCCCGGGCUGGCUUGCUCAUCACGGGGACCCAGGCUAUGGGGACUGUCCUCAGCAUCAGGGGCCGCCGGUAUAAGAGGAGGCGCAGGAGACGCUCCGAGAGGAAAGACAGAAACAGCCUCCGCCAGACAAGAAACCCUCAGGAGUAUUUUGCCAUGGAUGUAGAAGAUGAAGAAAACAUGAGUUCGAGCAGCACAGAUGUUAAGGAAAACUGCAAUAUGGACGGCGCGCCCCCCAAGGACGGCAGCGCCCCAGGGCCUGGCGAGGGUGCCCCGCUCUCCAACGGGGGCAGCGGGGGCACCAGCAGGAAGCGGGCCCUGGAUGAGGGCAGCAACGGCCAUGCCAAGUUCCGCCUGAAGAAGCGGAGGAGGGCGCCGGGGCCAGCACUGCCCAAGAACGCGCUGAUGCAGCUGAACGAGAUCAAGCCCGGUCUGCAGUACACGCUGCUGUCGCAGACGGGGCCAGUACAUGCGCCCCUUUUCCUCAUGUCUGUCGAGGUCAACGGGCAGGUGUUUGAGGGCUCCGGCCCCACGAAGAAGAAGGCCAAGCUGCAUGCGGCUGAGAAGGCCCUGCGCUCAUUUGUCCAGUUCCCCAACGCGUCCGAGGCCCACCUGGCCAUGGGCCGCAGCCUGUCUACCAACGCGGACUUUACGUCUGACCAAGCCGACUUCCCUGACGCGCUCUUCAACGGCUUCGAGACGCCCGACAGGUCGGAGGUGCCCUUCUACCUGGGCUCCAAUGGCGACGAUUCCUUCAGCUCCAGCGGGGACCUCAGCCUGGCUGCAUCCCCGGCGCCCGCCGGCCUGGCCCAGCCGCCCCUGCCUGGGCCCCCGCCUUUCCCGCCGCCCAGCGGGAAGAACCCCGUGAUGAUCUUGAACGAGCUGCGCCCGGGACUCAAGUACGACUUCCUCUCAGAGAGUGGGGAGAGCCACGCCAAGAACUUCGUCAUGUCCGUGGUUGUGGACGGCCAGUUCUUUGAAGGCUCUGGGAGGAACAAAAAGCUGGCCAAGGCCCGGGCCGCGCAGUCCGCCCUGGCGACUAUCUUUAACUUGCACUUGGAUCAAACCCCAUCUCGCCAGCCCAUCCCCAGCGAGGGCCUGCAGCUGCACCUGCCGCAGGUCCUGGCCGAUGCCGUGGCCCGCCUGGUGCUGGAUAAGUUUGGGGACCUGACAGACAGCUUCGCCUCCCCCCACGCACGCAGGAAGGUCCUUGCUGGAAUCGUCAUGACAACAGGCACAGAUGUGAAGGAUGCCAAGGUGAUCAGCAUCUCCACGGGAACAAAGUGUAUCAAUGGCGAGUACAUGAGUGACCGUGGGCUCGCACUCAACGACUGCCACGCGGAGAUCAUAGCCCGCAGAUCCCUGCUGAGGUUUCUCUACACACAGCUUGAGCUUUACUUAAAUAGCAAAGAUGAUCAAAAGAGAUCCAUCUUUGAGAAGUCCGAGCGGGGCGGCUUCAAGCUGAAGGAGAAUGUCCAGUUCCACCUGUACAUCAGCACCUCCCCCUGUGGGGACGCCAGGAUCUUCUCACCACACGAACCCAUCCUGGAAGAGCCAGCAGAUAGACAUCCAAAUCGAAAAGCCCGAGGACAGCUGCGGACGAAGAUAGAGUCUGGUGAGGGGACCAUCCCCGUUCGCUCCAACGCCAGCGUCCAGACAUGGGACGGGGUGCUGCAGGGGGAGCGGCUGCUCACCAUGUCCUGCAGUGACAAGAUGGCAAGGUGGAAUGUGGUGGGCAUCCAGGGGUCCCUGCUCAGCAUCUUCGUGGAGCCCAUUUACUUCUCCAGCAUCAUUCUGGGCAGCCUGUACCACGGGGACCACCUCUCCAGGGCCAUGUACCAGCGCAUCUCCAACAUCGAGGACUUGCCCGCGCUGUACACCCUCAACAAGCCUCUGCUCAGCGGCAACAAUGCGGAGGCGCGGCAGCCAGGGAAGGCCCCCAACUUCAGCGUCAACUGGACGGUGGGCGACUCGGCCAUCGAGGUCAUCAACGCCACCACGGGGAAGGACGAGCUGGGCCGCGCCUCGCGCCUGUGUAAGCACGCGUUGUACUGUCGCUGGAUGCGUGUACACGGCAAGGUUCCCUCCAACUUACUGCGCUCCAAGAUCACCAAACCCAACGUGUACCACGAGUCCAAGCUGGUCGCCAAGGAGUACCAGGCUGCCAAGGCCUGUUUGUUCAGAGCCUUCAUCAAGGCCGGGCUGGGCGCCUGGGUGGAGAAGCCCACGGAACAGGACCAGUUCUCACUCACACCCUGA